UCCUAAGCAGCAUCUCUAUUUCCUUGGCGGUGAUAGUUAUGCACUUAUUCAAUAUCAAAGGAGUCGUACCCUCUAUAAAUUAGAAGUAAUCGGUGAAAUGAAACCUAAGAAUGUAGGCAUAUAUAGAGUGUCGAUGAUUUGGGUUCUCAGAAAUCAAAACAAGAUCUCAUGGCCAGGAAAGAAGUGUUAGCCAUGGAGAACUCAAAGCCCAAGAGGAAUAUGUAUGUCAUUGUGUGUGCGGUAGUGGCAUCAACCAAUUCGUUCUUGCUGGGUUAUGAUGUCGGAGUGAUGAGCGGCGCCGUUCUGUUCAUUCGCAAGGAUCUGCACGUAAAUGACCUGCAGGUGGAGAUGCUGAUCGGCUCAUUGAAUUUGAUUUGCCUGUUGGGGUCGGCCCUAGCUGGAAAAACGUCGGAUGCGGUAGGGCGAAGAUGGACCAUGGCUCUGGCUGCCCUCAUAUUUUUUGUGGGCGCAGUUGUGAUGUCACUAGCGCCUUCCUUCGCUUGGCUGAUGGUGGGCAGAUUGGUGGGUGGCGUGGGACUGGGCAACGCGGUGGUCAUCGCUCCCGUUUACACCGCAGAGCUUGCCCCAGCUUCUACCCGCGGGAUGCUCACUUGUUUUCCCGAGAUCUUCGUUAACUUGGGAAUUCUGCUGGGCUACGUUGCCAACUAUGCAUUCCAGGGUUUGCCGACGAAUUACAACUGGCGGGUUAUGCUCGGAAUGGGAGCCAUUCCUCCCUUUUUCAUCGGUGUCUUCGUGCUCUUCAUGCCCGAGUCCCCGCGGUGGCUCGUCAUGAAGAACCGCAAUGAGGACGCCAUGAAAGUGCUGCUCAGAACCUCCGAAAGCGAAGCGAAGGCGUCUGAGCUGCUGGCGCAGAUCAUGGAAGGAAUUCAGUACGCGCAGAAGAAUCUGGAGAAGAAGGAUCUGAGCUCGGAAGGGGAAGGAGACCCACUGAAAAGCAAGGGAGAGGGAACGUGGGGAGAGUUGAUAUACAAAACCACGCCGAGUAUUAGGCGUAUGUUGAUCGUGGGCUUGGGUAUACAGUUCUUCCAGCAGGCUUCGGGCAUCGACGGUACGGUCUAUUACAGCCCCUUCACAUUCAAGAAGGCGGGAAUCGAUAGCCAAAACGCUAUACUCGGGGCGACAAUGGCCAUAGGAUUUGUCAAGACUGGAUUUAUUGUGGUUGCAGCGUUUUUCAUAGACAAAAUAGGGCGUAGGCCGCUGUUGUUGAUCAGCACGGUGGGGUCGACCGUAUCCCUGGCGGGUCUGGGCUUAAGUCUCAUUGUUGUGGGGAAAACGUCGGGCUCCGCCCACGAAGCCGCCGCCUGUUUAGCUGUGGUUGCGGCUUGUUCUAAUGUUUCCUUCUUUUCCAUUGGGCUGGGGCCUAUUAAUUUGGUGAUGGGGAGCGGAUAUAUCCUCUUCGCCUCCGGGCUAAGGCGGUGGGGCUUGGCGUGGGGGUUAAUAGACUUGUUAGUGGAGCGGUAUCUGUCACAUUUCUAAGCCUCUCCAAGGCAAUCACCCUGCCAGCCGUUUUCUUCUUCUACGCAGGCUUUUCUUUCAUGGCAGUGGGGUUUGUGUAUUGGUUUGUGCCGGAGACCAAAGGCAAAACUCUGGAAGAGAUUGUGGAAUUAUUCACCAUCGGAUCUUCCGUAAAGACUAGCACUCCCAGCCAAUUGGAACUUGGGAGUGGUAAAACCAGUCCAGGACCGACAGUUGUAACACAAUCUAUAUAGCCUACCUACAGUGUAUACCUAGUGCCUGACAUAAAUGUGGAUUCCGUGAAGAGUAGACUGUCAGCGAAAACCACAGCACAUUUUAUAUUAAAAUAUAAAUAAACUUUUUAUGAUCAUUACGGAAACUUUUCUCUCUUGAUUGUUCAAUAUGAGAA